AAUUAUAAACGACUUUCUCUCGAGCUGCAUGCGGUAGCGGAGAGCGCUCAAUAGAAUUCGGGUGGAGCGAGACAGCGGAUGACAAUACACUGGAUUUAUUUUUAAAAAGACAAUACGCGCUUUUUAAUUAUUUGUUAUUGAUAAAGUUGGUCUAUAGAAAGAAAACAGAUUUAAAAUGACUACAACGACAAAUUAUCAAGGAAUGGACCCCGGCUCAAAAAGCAGCUCGCGGGUGCUGAGGCCGCCAGGUGGAGACUCCAACAUCUGUUUUGGCAAUGGAAAAGAGGAGACAGUCCCUCAGCCCACCCGAAAAAACAGAACGGCCUCAAACAUUUUCGGGGUUCCAGAGGACCCUUAUGCUAGCAGGAGGAACAAUCCACCAGGAGGAAAGCCCAUGGGUAUUUUUGGGGAUGGUCAGUCUGUGGUACAGAAAAGAAACCCUCCUGGUGGACAGGCCAUUGGCGACGGUUCUGGAGAGCGUUCACCUGGGGAUGGUGAACAUGAAAGAGCAAGCACUGUUCACUAUCGCAAGUAGGAUUUGCCAAGAAAAUAAUUCUGAAGAGGUUGAAACUGUGCCGGAACUGAAGGAAGAGGCACCACAGCCUGCAGCAGCAGCAGCAGCAGCUGCACCCACUGUAGCAGCAGCAGGAGCAGGAGCCGCUGGUCCUCCUGGGCGAAGAAACCCUCCUGGAGGCAAAUCCAGUCUUAUCCUGGGUUAAUCUUGCCUCUGCAAACCGUGUCACUAUGUCUCUUCUCCCCACUCUUCUUUCUGUCUUUCUUUUUCUCACUCUCUCUGUCUGUCAAAUCUACCUUUACCUGUGUGAGCCACAGCAAUUGAAUCCUGCUCAUUGUUUUGUUUUUGACUAUUUUCUAAACAUCGGAAGCACUUUAUGUACCACCACCUUUCAUUUCAACCCCUGUCUCCUGUUAAGAAUUUAAUGCGUGAAUUUCUAAAAGACAAUAAAGAUUGAUAUGAAAAAAGUC